AUGAUUGAAGAAGAAGUCGGAGGAAAAAUGGAAAGCUUUGCAGCAAAUCGUUCAGAUGCGCCAAGUCGGUGUACAUAUAUUCUUCAUGGUGAUCAGACAAAAUGUCUAGAUCAUCUGACUUUCGAACAAAAAUCACAUCGGCAAGAUGCAGGCAUUCAAUGUAAUGUUUUGACAAAACUGGAAUAUAUGGAUCCUGGUGGUAGUAUCAAAGAUCGAAUUGGUUUAUGUAUGAUUGAACAAGCUGAAAGGAAUGGAUCGUUGAAAUCUAAUGAUACUAUCAUUGAAUCGACAGCUGGAAACACAGGUGUUGGGUUAGUAUCGGUCUGCGCAAUAGACGUACCUCGGGCAUUGGGUGCAGAAAUUGUUCGUACGCCAACGAUUGCACCGUUCGAUUUACAUGAAUCAGAUAUUGCUGUAGCUCAUCGAUCGAAAAGCAAUAUUCCUAAUUCACAUAUCCUAGAUCAAUAUCGACAUUCUUAUAAUUCCAUCGCACAUUAUGAUACAACAGCAGAAGAAAUUUUUCAAGCAUGCAACAGACAAGUUGACAUGAUCGUCGUCAGAGCUGGAAUAUGCAAUCUAGAAAUGUAUAACGAGUAUUGGUAA